CGCACGCGCGAGGUAGCUCACUGUGUGCCCGUGGCCGCCAUGACACUUUACGCUGCAGCUCGCAUCUGAGAUAUAUUCUUGCCUCAGUCCGCAUCCUAUCCGUCCAGGCCCCAGCCAUCCAGGUAUGGGCCGCGGGAGGCGGAAGGCUGGCUUCCUCUCGUCCGCUGCCGCAUUUUAUCCGUCUCUCCCCGCGCCAUCCAGGUGACAUGGAGGAAGAAAGAAUAAGUGUUGGGUUACAGAAAAGUAUGAUGCAGGACUCGGUGACCUUUGAGGAUGUGGCUGUGGACUUUACCCAGCAGGAGUGGGCUUUGCUGGAUCUUGCUCAGAGGAGCCUCUACAGAGAUGUGAUGCUGGAAACCUUCCAGAACCUGGUCUCACUAGGGUAUCCACUACUCACACCCAAUCUGAUCUCCCAGUGGGAACAAGAGGACGAACUGCAGAUAGUGAAGACAGAACUUAUCCAGGGUACCUGUACGGAGCAGCACCAGGAAGGUUUUGAGUCUCUACUUAAUACUAAGGAAUUAGUUGCUCUUCAAGAUAACAAUGGAGAAAAAAUAUCCAAUGAACAGAAAAUAGUGAGAUUCAAAAGAAGUGGUUCCUGCUCCUCUGUUUUACAUGAAAACCAGGAUACCCAUCGUUUGGAUGAUUGGAACAAAAGCCAUGAGAAAGGUUUAAGUCAUGUGGUAGAGAACAUCUGUGAAUACAAUGAAGAAAAUCAAUGUGGACAAAUUUCAAAUCUUAUGCUCCAGAGAACUACUGAAGUCAAAUCCUUUGAAUGCUAUGAGUGUGGAAAGUCCUUCCUGUUUCAUUCAUCACUUAAGAAUCACACCAGAUCUCAUGCUGGAAACAAACCCUAUCAGUGUAAGGAAUGUGGGAAAGCCUUCCAUUUUCUUGGUGGUUUUAAGAAGCAUAUGAAAACUCCUACUGAAGAAAAACCAUAUGAAUGUAAGGAAUGUAUAAAGUCCUUCAGUUGUUCCUCCAUGUUCAGAGCACAUAUGAAAAUUCAUAGUGAAAAGGCAAACCAUGAAUGUAAGGAAUGUGGGAAAACCUUCAGUAGUUCUUCCCACCUCACAGAACACAAAAGAAUUCACAGUGGAGAUAAGCCCUAUGAAUGUAAGGAAUGUGGGAAGGCCUUUAGUUGUUCCUCAUCACUCUCCAAACACAAAAGAAUUCAUAGUGGAGAUAAGCCAUAUGAAUGUAAGGAAUGUGGGAAGGCCUUUAGCUGUUCCUCUCAUCUUAUAAGACAUAUAAGAAUUCACACAGGAGAGAAACCUUAUGAAUGUAAAGAGUGUGGGAAGGCCUUCAGUGAAUCCUCAAAACUCACUGUACAUAUGAGGACACACACCGGAGAGGAACCCUAUAAAUGUAAGGAAUGUGGGAAAGCCUACAAUUGCCCCUCCUCCUUAAGUAUCCACAUGAGAAAACACACUGGAGAGAAACCUUAUGAAUGUCUGGAAUGUGGAAAAGCCUUCUAUCUUCCCACUUCCCUGAACACACAUGUGAAAACUCAAAGUAGAGAGAAACCCUAUGAAUGUAAGGAAUGUGGGAAGGUCUUCAGUUGUCCCUCAUCCUUUAAAGCACACAUGAGAGAUCACAAUGGUAAGGUGCAUUAUGAAUGUAAGGAGUGUGGGAAGGCCUUUAGUCGUUCCUCAUCCCUCACUGAACACCUAAGAACUCACAGUGGAGAAAAGCCUUAUAUGUGUGAGGAAUGUGGGAAAGCCUUCAUUAGUUCUUCCUAUCUUACAGUACAUAGAAGAACUCACACUGGAGAGAAACCUUAUGAAUGUAAAAAAUGUGGGAAAGCCUUUAUUCGUUUCUCACCUUUUAGUAUCCACAUGAAAACCCACACUGAGGAAAAACCAUAUGAAUGUAAGGAAUGUGGGAAGGCAUUUCGACAUUCUUCAUACCUUACUAUACAUGCAAGAAUGCACACAGGAGAAAAACCCUUUGAAUGUCUGGAGUGUGGAAGAGCUUUCAGUUCUCCCUCAUCCUUUGGGAGACAUGUGAGAAGCCAUACUGGAGAGAAACCAUAUGAAUGUAAGGAAUGUGGGAAAGCCUUCAUUAGUUCUUCCUAUCUUACAGUACAUACAAGAACUCACACUGGAGAGAAACCUUAUAAAUGUAAAAAAUGUGGGAAAGCCUUUAUUUGUUUCUCAGCUCUUAGUAUCCACAUGAGAACCCACACUGAGGAAAAACCAUAUGAAUGUAAGGAAUGUGGGAAGGCAUUUCGACAUUCUUCAUACCUUACUAUACAUGCAAGAAUGCACACUGGAGAGAAACCCUUUGAAUGUCUGGAGUGUGGAAGAGCUUUCAGUUCUCCCUCAUCCUUUGGGAGACAUGUGAGAAGCCAUACUGGAGAGAAACAUAUGAAUGUAAGGAAUGUGGGAAAGCCUUUAUUUGUCCAGCCUACUUUCCAAGACAUGAAAAUUCACACAAAGGACAACAUAUAAAUGUAAGGAGUAAGGGAAUCUCUGCAAGACUUUUUCUGAACUAAUACAAUUUGUGAAGUCUCAUUUUUGUGAAGUCUCAUACUGUAGAGACACUAUACAUGUGUGAAAGUGGGAGAUUAUCACUCAUUCUUUUGAAGAGUUGAGGACAACUUAGAGAAACCCUGUGUUUGUAAGCUAUAUGGUAAAGCCAUUUGAUUUUGAACAUAACUUUUGAUUUUGAACAUAACUUGUGCCACAGUCUGGCUGGGCUGUGCAAAGUAGCCGGGGGGGGGGGGGGCGACAAUCAACUUGUGAAGUUUGAAACAGCGGGAGCCUCUUUAUUCAGAACAGCACAGGUAUAUAUACCCAACUAAAUACACACAGCUUAUCUCAAUUAACAUCAUCUAAUUACAGCAAUCAGUCAUUAAGGAAUCCUCAUCAUCUUAAUAAUUAGACACAGCUUAACUCAAUUAACAUCAUCUAGAUACAGCAGUCAGUCAUUAAGGAAUCCUCAUCAUCUUAAUAGCUCGCUGGUGUUACUUGUCAAACCACUCCUGCUGCCAAAGUGCCAGGCGCCUACUUGACUUGGCUGUGGCUCUCAACACUUGUAGAAGAAAAUUCAAAAUUUGAGCUAGAAGAGAAGAUCAGUGCCUCAUUAAAGUGGACUUCUAGAGGGUCAUUGAUUUCCAAUGUUUUCUAAUAGGAAGAUUUAAGGUUAUAUGUUUCCCUUGUCAGCUUUUAUGACAUACUUUUGAGUAUGAGGUGAGUUUCUUUAGCUGGGAUGUAAAUGUUAUUUCCAUUACAAAAUCUUUUGGACUCUUGGGAGGUUGUGUGUGUACAUGUGUGUAUGCUUCUCCUCUGAGACAGGGUCUGGCUAUGUUGUCCAGGCCUGUAACUCCUGGACUCUUAUUUGGAUAUCCCAUCCUUUUUCCUGUAACUUGCAUAAUAGGUCUGAAGGUAUUCCCACAAGCAAGCCACAAGGUAUUUUACAUUUGAAAUAGGCCUUAAUGGUGUUCAUUAUGCAUUAGCCUCCAGGUGUGGGAAAAUCACUGUAUCAGAUGUAAGAAUAGCCAAGCUGGAGUUCUGGAUAUUCGAUGUUAUGGAUUUGAGUCAAAUCAUCUUCUUUUUGGUCUGUAGAAAACACUUUAGUCUCUCUGGAAUCCAAAUGGCUGCUGUUCUCCCUGUGGAAACACACAAACAGAACCCUGACUCCAGACAAUCACUGGGUCAGGACCUUUCCAUUGUCCUGUUAGAAUAUCCUUCCCAAGUACCUUAGGCUUAUGUACAUUUUUUGGAUACAUAUGUCUUUCUGCAGCACUAAGCCCUGAUGAAUCCAAAUUUAAAAAGUUUAGAGUAAAAAGGGUUAUUUUAAGUUUAUCUUUGGGGGAUAUAUACCCCUUUCCAAUUCCCUCUUUUUGCUUUAAUAAGUACAUUUUAAUAGUUUGAUGAGCUCUUUCAACUAUGCCUUGUCCCUGUGGAUUGUAUGGAAUUCCUGUUAUGUGAGUAAUGUCAAAUUAUGAGCAAAAUUGUUUAUUCUGUUUUUAACUGUUUUGGAACAUCCACAGUGGCAAAAUUUUGUAAGCAAUGAGCUAUAAUAUCUUUAGCUUUUUCUCCGGCAUGAAGGGAGCCCAUAAAAAAUUCGGAAGAAGUAUCAACAAUAACAUGUAAAAAUUUUAAUUUUCCAAAUUCUGGCAAGUGUGUGAUGUCCAUUUGCCAAAUAUGGUUAGGUAUCAGUCCUCUAGGAUUGACUCCAAGAUUAACUUGUGGUAAAAAUGUCACACAAUUUUGACAUUGUUUUAUUAUAUGUCUAGCUUGUUCCUUAGUUAUUUUAAAAUUCUUUUUUUAAAGUAUUAGCAUUGACAUGGAACCUUGUAUGAAAAUUUGAAGCUUCUUCUAGUGUAGAGAAAAUGUGUAUGUCAUGUGUAGUUUUUUCUGCUAAAUCAUUGCCCAAACUAAGGGCUCCAGGUAAUUCUGUAUGUGCCCUGAUACUUCCUAUAAAGAAUGGAUCUUUUCUGUCACAGAUUAGACUUUGUAUAGUGGAAAACAAAGAGAAAACAGUAGAGGAAGGAGAAAUCCUACCAGCAUUUUCAAGGGAUAUUAUACCAUUAACUAUAUACUGAUUAUCAGAAAUUAAAUUAAAUACAGAAUCUUUAAACAUCACAAAAGCUUGGAAUACUGCAUUAAGCUCUACCUUUUGAACUGAUUGUUUGGGUACUAAAAAUGUAAAAGUUUGAUCAGGGGUAACUACUGCUGCUGUACCAUUAUUUGACCCAUCAGUGAAUAUAUUUAGAGCAUUCAUGAUAGGUGUUUUUCUUGUCAUUUUUGGGAAAAAAACUACAGAAUGCAAAGACCAAAAAGACAACAAAGGAUUAGAUGAUAAGUGAUUAUCAAAUGAAACAUUAGAUUUACACAUGAUUAUUGUCCAAGUAUUUAACUCAUUAGCUAACUCAUCAAUUGGAUCCAUAGUAUAUGGAGUAAUAAUUUUCUUGGGAGAAAUUCCAAACACUCCCUUUGCUGCUUUUAUUCCUUUGAGUAUCAAUUGUCCUACAGCCUCAGGAUACCUAGUAAGAAUAGUGUUAGGAGAAUAAGAUAAAUGUAUCCGCAAUAAUGGACCUUCUUGCCAAAAUACUCCUGCAGGAAUGUUGUUUGUUGGUAUUACGAUAAAUAAUAAAGGGAAACAUAUCAAUUGUAUCCAAAUGCAUAUUUUCCAUAUAUGUUUCAAUAAUUUUUAAUGCCUUUCUUGCUUCAGGUGUUAAUAUGCGGGGUGAAUUUGGAUCUGAUGGACCUUUUACGAUAUCAAAUAAAGGUCCCAACUCUCCUGUUGGUAUGCCUAGAUAAGGCCGUAUCCAAUUUAUGUCUCCCAAUAACUUUUGAAAGUCGUUCAGUGAUUCGAGUUGAUCUACUCAUAUUUGAAUUUUUGGUGGACGGACCAUGGUUGAGGAUAAUAGAACUCCUAAAUAAUUAAUUGGAAAAUUUAAUUGUACUUUAUCUAUUGCUAUCUCUAGAUUAUAAUUUUUUAAUAAAUUUGUAAGUGUGGCAUAACAUUCUA